AUGCUACUGAUAACAGUCUUACUGCUAUAUCUCAGCCAGAUAGCCCUCUCUGAAUCGAAACUUCCCGAUUCCUGCAUCGAGGGAUACAAAGUGUGCGAGCCCGAUGGUGCCUCAACCGCGUCCGACCCAGACCUCGUCCACCUGUACGAAAACCUGGUUCAUUCGAUCAACGACCAGAAGACAACCAAGGAGCGUGCGAAGAGGCUAGACCUAAGCCACGAUACAGUGCUAUGCUGCGUGGAAUCCAUGGACUGUCUCUUACUCGACGAACAGGGAAUACCAUUUUGUUGGGACCCCUUUACAACGAACGUCCACUUCGCAGACGGGUGGUACGGCACCAUCGCAACGGGAACCUUCACCUCUCCGACGGGGGAUACAGUCAAUCUCCUCACUGGAACAGUCACGCAAACCACCAAUAGCAAUAACAAUAGCAAUGAUAACAGUGAUAAUAAGAGCACCGUCAGCAAUAUUUACGAGGGAAACACCCCGCCAAACACACAGACGAUGGAUAUUCCCCUGCCAUGGACGAGUAAGGGGGUAGGCAGUGCGAUUCCCGCGAGUGUCCUAGCCACCACUGUCAACAGCGCCGGUACAACCGUCAGUGCUACUCGAAGUGUUACCGGGAGUGCUGGUGCUACUGGACCUGUCCCUGUGGCCCCGACACAAAGAUCCAGGGCGUCUAGUAUCCAAGUGCUCUGGUGCAAGUACUUGAGUAUAGCAAGUAUCGUCUAUCAGGUAUGGUAA